UGAGUCCGGCCCCCGCGAGCUUCGGAGCGGCCCGUGAGUUCACACCCGGCUUCUCUUCAGCCUUGGACUGCGCACCGCCAUCACCGUCAUGCUCGGCGCCGCUCUCCGCCGUUGUGCUGUAGCCGCAGCCGCAGCCGCCCGUGCCAGCCCUCGAGGCCUCCAGUACUCAAGCCCGGUCCCCGGCCCCGCCGCCGCUGUCCAGUCUCUUCGCUGCUACUCCCAUGGGUCACAUGAGACAGAUGAGGAGUUUGAUGCUCGCUGGGUGACGUACUUCAACAAGCCAGAUAUUGAUGCCUGGGAAUUGCGUAAAGGGAUGAACACACUCGUUGGCUAUGAUCUGGUUCCAGAACCCAAAAUCAUUGAUGCUGCUUUACGGGCAUGCAGACGGUUAAAUGAUUUUGCUAGUGCAGUUCGCAUCCUAGAGGUUGUUAAGGACAAAGCAGGACCUCAUAAGGAAAUCUACCCCUAUGUCAUCCAAGAACUUAGACCAACUUUAAAUGAACUGGGAAUCUCCACUCCAGAGGAACUGGGCCUUGACAAAGUGUAAACCCACAGAUGGGCUUCUCAAGGAUUUAUUCAUAAUGCUACUUGAUUGUAAACAAUCACCUGGAAAUACUGAUGAUAACAUAUUACCUUAUUUGAACAAGUUUUCCUUUAUUGAGUACCAAACCAUGUAAUGGUAACUUGGACUUUAAUAAAAGGGAAAUGAGUUUGAACUGAAAUUAGGUAUCGUUCCAUGUGUUUGCUUUGAAAAGCAGAAAAUGAGCCAUCAUAGAGCCAUUGAUUUCCAUGGUUUUGUUGCCAGUAUGUGCUGAGAGAACUGCCUUAAUUCUCUGGAAACCAUCUGACAUGAAAUAAAUUUAAAACUGGUUAUC